UGAAAGGCACGCACGUGUACAAAUUGAUCAAGCAGAUAGCUAGCAGACAAAUUGCACAUAAAUGGUAAACAUUGGGAACGCUACGAGAUAAUGGAUGGUAACAAAGCGGUGCGCGGGUUCCAGAUGUUCCAAAUUACCUUAGCGCAGCAAGAGACGACGCAGAUCAAUGUCACACACAAGUGAACACAAGGCAAUAAAAAAAUGCUGGAGCCCGCCUAAAGCUGAAGCUUCUUUCUAUUUUAUACUCACUCUUUGCUGAUCACCCCACUCCUUUCAAAUACCAUGUCUUCAAAACCCAUAUACCUUAUCUUGGCAGGAAUCCACCUGGCAACAGCAUCACCUCUUCUCACAACCCGGCCAUUGAUCCGUAGACAAGACUCAGGAGGAGGAGUGUCGAAAACAACCAUUAUCGUCCCGUGUAUUAUAGUCGCUGUUAUCUUGUGUGCCAUUGCCUUCUGUAUGAUCAGCCGACACAAGGCAAAGAAAAGACGAGAAACAGCGGUGAAGGAGAAUCGCAGAGUCACCCGAUACCAACAACGACCUAAAACCAUGUUAGGUGCUCGACCAUCGUCUAUGUUUCGGCCAUGGAGUAUGAUAUCAGGAUCAUCACAGGAGCAGCAACCUCAGGGAGAUAGAGUGUCGGUUCUUUAUAAUCAUCACCGGUUGGUGGACGAAGAACAUGACCAGUACUACAAAGGGGACAAGCUGGCGCCGCCUAUGCCACACUACGCCUUGGACAACGUAACCAGACACGGGGGUAACAGAUCUCCUUCCCCGCUCAGAUACUGAUUAAAAAAGUUUUUGUUGUUGUAUAAUAUGUCAUAGGUUUAAGUCUUAUGUCCCACGGUAGCGUGAUGCAGUGUCAUCCAAGUUGGAAAAAAAUUACUAUCUUCUUUUCAAAAAAGAAAUCCGUGGGAUAACAGUAUAAAAAAAAAAAAAAACUCAUCUUAUAUAAAAAAACAUCAAAAUUGUAACUCCUCUACUUCUUCUCUCUUUCAAUUGAGAUUUUUCCUUCAUGCCUGGCAAAGUAUCUAUGAU